AUGCCUGCUUUAUAUCCUGGAGUGAAUAGUAUGGCUAACUCUUGUCACGCAAUGCUGCUGCUGCCCUACCCUCGCAGUGCGAAACAAUUUGCGGCCCGUUGCGCCGUCGAGUGGCUGAUGCAGCAGCAGCUCAUGCCAGCAGACGGGGAAAGUGUGGUGUUCAAAAGGUCCAGGAUCCAAAACCCUACCGUCUUCAGGGAAGCACCACUCAAGGUCGUCGAGGACGCAGCAACCGCCAAGACGGCCUCGCCACCUCCCUUGGUACAGCGUAAAAUUGGUCAACCCGCCGCUGAUCCCGGUGCUGCGACGGAGAGCAGCAAGGACGAGACGGCGAAGGACCUUAGCUUCGUCACCCGCGUCGAGCAGCUUUGCACCCAGCUGGGCUAUGGGAGGCCAAUAUACGUCCUCAACCAAGCCGAGAACACCCAGAUAUUCUCUGGCUGGGCUGACUGGCGGGAUGAGAUGCGGGUCCCUGCUUCCAUCGGGGUCGUCAAGGAUGUUUGGGGAAAGAAACACGCCAAAGAAAAGAUUGCGGAGCAGAUCCUCACUCAUCUUGAACAAGUCCAGGCUAAGAGGAUGGAGAAAGUCCGGGCUAUAAUGGAAAAGUGCCAGAAGAUGUGUUCGGCUGAAUGA